UGCUUCCACGUCUAAACGAAGACGAAGAAAACCGCCAACUUACUGCGAUCACUUUACAAAAUUGCAACGCGUCAAGUACCUAUCAACAUCGGAGGAAGAAGAAGAAUUAACAAUCACGGAAAAAGGCAUUGGCGAAGCGAAGAAUUCAUCAACGCAUGUGAAAGUUCCAGAAGAAUACACUGUUAUUCCAAUAAGCAAAGAUGAACCAUCCGAUGGAAGCCUCUGCCAUAAGCCAGACAGAGACAUUGACGAGGGAUCAGAUGGAAGCCAAAAGCCAGACAGAGCCAUUGCUGAAGGAUCAGAUGGAAGCCAAAAGCCAGACAGAGAUGAAACAUUCCUCCGGGAUCCAGAAGAAAGGAGCAAAGAAAGCCAAAAUCCAUACAGAGACACAGAUGAACCAUUCCAUGUCACAGUCGGAGGAACAUCUUCUGAUACAACUCGCACACAAUAAAAAGGUGACACUGCCAGUGCCACUCUCUUGGGUUGCACGCUCUGUCGAAGUAACAGAAGUACUCCGAAAUACGACCAAGGAGUCAGAACCUGUCUUUUUCUUCUAUCACAACGAUCGCAAGUCACUACCGAAUUUCACGGUUACUUUGUACUCCAAAUUGUUCACGCCGAGUACUCCUGCAUGUUAUAAGGGGUUCACGUCCAACCGAAUAUAUGAUUCGUAUUCGUCCGCUCAACGUGAGUUGAAAGACAAACGUGUGUCAAUGCCACCGAAGAAGAUGUCCACAGAAAAGUCGGAAGUGGAAUUUGAACGGACAAUUCUAAUCAGGAAAAAGAGGAUGAAAAAGCAGGACAAAGUUAAUGAGAGUAUCGCUAAGACAACCAACUCAGCAUAUAUAAUUGCGGCAUUGUCAAAGGAAACAGCUGCUGAAGGCAAAUCGACUGUUCGUCAGCCAAAGAAGCAUGUUUCAGAUGCGUCAGUAGCCGCUGUCACCCGAGUGGAAGAGCUGAGUGCAUCUAGCGACCAGGUUGUUGCAGAGGUUACAGUAGCCGCUGUCACGCAACUAAGUGAUAAUUCAAACAAAACGGCACCGACACCGGCAACAAUCACGAAGAAACCAUCGAAAUCAAAGGAAAACAUUGAACCGGCAGCGGCCGUGGAAGAGCGGAGUGCAUCAAGCGACCAGGUUGUUGCAGAGGUUACCCAACUAAGUGAUAAUUCAAACAAAACGGCACCGACACCGGCAACAAUCACGAAGAAACCAUCGAAAUCAAAGGAAAACAUUGAACCGGCAGCGGCCGUGGAAGAGCGGAGUGCAUCAAGCGACCAGGUUGUUGCAGAGGUUACCCAACUAAGUGAUAAUUCAAACAAAACGGCACCGACACCGGCAACAAUCACGAAGAAACCAUCGAAAUCAAAGGAAAACAUUGAACCGGCAGCGGCCGUGGAAGAGCGGAGUGCAUCAAGCGACCAGGUUGUUGCAGAGGUUACCCAACUAAGUGAUAAUUCAAACAAAACGGCACCGACACCGGCAACAAUCACGAAGAAACCAUCGAAAUCAAAGGAAAACAUUCAACCGGCAGCGGCCGUGGAAGAGUGGAGUGCAUCAAGCGACCAGGAUUCAGAUUCAGAUUACGAAGAACGAAAACAUCCAAAUGACAACGAGAGAAUGAAACUCCGGGUGGAGAGGAAAAAUGCAAUUAUAAAAAAAUUGGAAGUUCGAGCAGAAAAAUUGGAAAGAAAAGCCGACGCUUUGUUGGCACGGAAUUUGGUGCUUCAGGACCGAUUCGCUUAUUGCAAAUGUGACAUCACCAAUAUUCCACCAAAUCCAGUACGUUCUACCAAUCAAGCAUACACAUUAAGUAGCGAGCAAGAAAUGCUCCUAGGUAGAUUCAUUAUGCCAGAUGACAUGAACAAAUACAUCACCGAGCUAGCUGGGUUUUUAUUUACCCCAGAAGAACUGAAAACCAUUUCUUCGGCUAAUCUUAACCCAUCUAAGAUUGCAUUCAUAAGCAGUCAUAUCCAAACGCACACUGGCUUCGUGAAGACCGCACCCGAAAUUAAAAUGCUUUUAAACAAGAGACGUUGGAAUUCUAAUCGACGUUCUGAUUCAAGCAGCACCCCUCCGAAGAAGCGGAAACGAAACACGAAAAAUUCAAAUGAUGAAACUGUCCAAGACGAAGAAAUGUACACCGAUGACGUUGACGUCAACCACUUUUUACUUAUGAAAAUGCAAUCGGCCGACGACAACACCGAAGACAAUGCCGAAUCCGGAUAGGUAUUUACGUGAACGACUUUUCCUUCGUUAAUUUAAAUAUGUGAAGAGUUUCAGCUCAA